AGCAACUGAAUCACGAAAAUGAAGUUUUGGGGCUGGAUGCACCAUAAGUUCCGGGAGAAUAGCAAAGAGCCAUUGAAAGAUGCUUCAACUGGUAACAGCUAUUCCAUCCUUUCAGCUCAUCCAUCCCUUGAUAGCCAAGAGGUUUACCCCACAGCAUGUGCUGGCUCCAGAUACAAUACUGGAUUCAGAAAACAGGUCAACCUGUUCCAGGAAAGCUCCUUCGCAGGACCCAAGGGAUACACAGAAGAAAACUUCAAGGAUGAGAGAAACAGUGAUUUUUUUGAUGGAUUUCUUGCAAUUGGAACCCUUGGUGGAGAAACACUUCUUGAUGAACAACCAGCAACGCCAACAUUUGGCAUGUCAUUUGAGGACCCGGCAAUAGAUGAUGCAGAUGUGACAGAGAAUGAUUUGAAGCUCAUAAGCAAUGAAUUGGAGAAGUUCCUUGAGGCUGAAGCUAAAGAAGGACACCACCAACCAUCAGGAAGAAACAGUGACACUAACACUAUUGCAUCUACCAUUGAGGCCAUUGAGGGUCUAGAUGAUGAAAAAGAUAAUCAGCCAAUGAAGUUCCCACUCCAAGAGUAUCUUUUUGGUUCUCUAAACGAAUUCCCAGAAACAAAGAUUGCAGGGAAGAAAGAAAGGGCAUCACUUGGCGAACUGUUUCAAAUAACAGAAGUGCUAGAUGAAAAUUCAGAAAACAUAUAUGGGAAGAAAAAGAAGCAAACCAGUUCAACUCACAAGUCCGCAAAGCAUCUUGUGAAGAAGGUACUCAAAAAGAUACACCCAUCCUCAAGGAGCUCUGUCAGUGGUAAAACUGAAGUGGAUUCCACAAAGAAGAAGUUCCAAAAGAUGGUACAAGUUUUCCAUAGGAAAGUACAUCCAGAAGAAUCCAUAAUGGAAACCGAAAUAUACAGCAGUGUGGCAAAUCCAAAAAGCAGCAAAGCAAAUUCUAUUGACUUAACAUUCGAGAAGGUGAACCCCUGUCACGAGGCAAGUAAAAGAUGUAUCCAGUAUGAGCUGAGAAGUUCUCGCUCAGCCAAAAACGGAGAACACUGGAUCAAGACAGACGAAGACUACUUCGUGUUGGAGCUGUAGCAAAGGGAUCAGAAGAAAUAUGUAAACUAAGAAGUGUGAGUGUAUUAUGUCACUUCAUGCAUGUGUGAAUUUGUGUGGUAUAAUUAAGGAAAAUGUGUUCAAACUUACUGGGAAUGCUUAUUACGCCCUCUAUGUAAUAAUAAGUGUUACAGGGUGUU